AUGUCUCAAUUCCGCGCGGCCAAGCUCGACAUUGGAUGCUUUGCGAAGAUUCGCAACAUCCGCGACCACACAAAGCGGAAGGUGUACUCUGAGAAUGAGCCUGAACGGCAAGCCCUCCGAUACAUCAUUCGCAACACCACUCUCCCGCAACGAGUCCGCGCGCAAGCUCAGCUUCAGCUCUCACAGAUGCACUGCUAUACACGCUACACACAGAUCAAGAACAGAUGUAUAAUGGGAGGCAAGGGCCGUGGUGUCUUUAGCGACUUCAGGAUGGGAAGAUACCAAUUCCGAGUAAACGCCCUCGCUGGAAACCUACCGGGUGUGAAGAAAGCAAGCUGGUAGACUUACCCUGCUGAACAAUCGAUGGGUUACAUGUACAAUACGAUGAGGCAGACAUUUGGCAUCGGGCGGCGUACUUGCGAGGAAUAUAUAUGGAUCAUGACACAUUUACUGUCCAUCACCGUGCUUUCCGCUUCUAGCAUUGUUUGCUCUCACCACGCGCUGCACGUACAAACGACGGCAGCGGCAACCUACGCCACCAACAAAAGUCCGACCUAGCUAACCACCGCAAGUAUAACUUCCAUUGCAACGACGUUCCCAGGCUGCAUUACUGAAGUGCCUGCUGCCAAGAUUACCAACGUCCUACAAUAACCCCAGCGCCUAUACCAAUAUGUUUCGCCGCAUAGAGAAUACCCUGGAGCCAGACCCGUCUUUCCCAGCAAAUCUCAAGGAACUCGGCUUCUUCAUCAACAGCUCAGGUGAUAUCCGC